AGUGCAUUUCUUGUUCUCCGCUCAAGCAGAAGACUUGGAGAGAGCCCGGCUUCAACUCAACACGGCUCCUGUAGCCUGAAUGCACUCCGACGAACAGGACGGAACACCGGCAAAUAAACGCGUUACACACACGCAGUCGAGCCAGAAAGCGAUGGCUGGGAGAACAUGUGAAGAUCUUUAGUUGUCACAGUGUUGGGGCAGUCAACACAAACCGGGAAAGAUGGCGAGGACACAGACUCGCAUGUUCCUCGCUCUGGCUUUGCUGGGAAUUUUCCUCCUCGAUGUGUCGGUAAAAGGAGAGCUACAGGGAGAGCAACAGGAGGAGGAGGAGGAGGAGGAGGAGAGGUCCUGUCAGGGCGCCUUCGACCUCUAUUUUGUCCUGGACAAAUCUGGCAGUGUAAAGAAUCACUGGAUCGAGAUUUACUCCUUUGUAGAACAGUUGGCAGAGAAGUUUAUCAGCCCCAUGCUGCGAAUGUCCUUCAUUGUCUUCUCCACACGAGGAACCAUCAUAUUGAAACUGACGGAGAACAGGGAGGCCAUCACUGGAGGCUUAACAGCUCUGAGGAGGGUUAUCCCCGGAGGAGACACAUUUAUGAACUUAGGCCUGGAGAUGGCUAAUGCGCAGAUACAUCAAGAGAAGCAGGGCACAGCCAGCGUUAUCAUCGCUCUGACAGACGGAGAACUGAAUGAGUGGCAGUUUGACACAGCUCAGCGAGAGGCUCAGAGGGCCAGGUCUAUGGGAGCCAUUGUUUACUGUGUAGGGGUCAAAGAAUUCAACCAGACCCAGCUCGCAACUAUUGCAGACACUGUGGAGCACGUGUUUCCUGUAUGGGGAGGAUUCCAAGCCCUGAGGGGAAUCAUUGACUCGAUCAUCAAGAAGUCCUGCAUUGAGAUUCUAGCGGCAGAGCCGUCCAGUGUGUGUGCAGGAGAGAGUUUCCAGGUGGUGGUGAGAGGCAAUGGGUUUCUCCAUGCCCGAAACAUUGACCAGGUCCUCUGCAGCUUUAAACUAAAUGAUACGCUCACUGUGGACGAGAGACCAGCUGGAAUAGAAGAUACCUUCCUGCUCUGCCCUGCUCCGGUCGUAGAGGAGGUUGGGAGGGUGAUCUACCUGCAGGUGAGCAUGAAUGAGGGCCUCUCCUACAUCACCAGCUCGGUUCACAUUACUACUACAGAGUGUUUUGACGGCACGAUCGUGCUCGUCUCACUGCUGGUGGUGUUCCUGCUGCUGGCUCUGCUGCUGAUGUGGUGGUUCUGGCCGCUCUGCUGCACUUUGGUGAUCAAAGAACCUCCACCACCUCCUCCCCCAGAGCCAGACUCAGAUGAUGAGGACGGGAUGCCCAAGAAGAGGUGGCCCACAGUGGAUGCGUCCUACUAUGGAGGAAGAGGAGUGGGUGGCAUCAAACGCAUGGAGGUGCGAUGGGGGGAGAAAGGGUCCACUGAGGAAGGUGCGAAGCUGGACAAACCUAAAAAUGCAGUCGUAAAAAUGCCAGAGCAGGAAUUUGAACCGUAUGAGCCAAAGCCUCGAAAACCACCACGCCGCCCCCCACAGCAGAGGAGGUGGUACUCACCCAUUCAGGGGAAGCUGGAUGCUCUGUGGGCUUUGUUCGGGAGAGGUUACGACCAGGUAUCUCUGAUGAGACCACAUCCUGGAGACGAGGGUCGCUGUAUUAGUUUCCAACGGGUCAAAAAUGGGGAGUCCACCCCAAACAACCAGACUCCUCCUCGUCCACAUCACUCUCCCUCGCCGCCGCCUCCUCCUUCUCCUCCGCCCGCCGAACAGCGACCUCUGGUCUCCAACUCCGUCCCCCGUACGAAGCCUCCAUCGAGAGGGCCCCGCACCACACCACCUUCCCGCGCGCCCCCUUCCGUGGCCCAACCACCUCCAGGUCCACCCCCAACUCGUGCACCCACAGGGCCCCCAGGACCCCCGCCAUCUCGACCCCCACCCAGGCUCUGACUAAGAAGAGGGCUCAAAUAAACAACUGAUACAUCUCAACUUAUUCCAUAAAACACCCAUGUCCUUCUUUCACCGCAAAGACAACAGAGGCAUACAAUCUUAGAGGCCAGGACCUCUGUGCUUUGUUGCUGGACAGCAAAAAAAUAUUUAUCUGAUAUCAAAAUCAGCGUCUAGUGCAAAAAAUAAUAAUUAAAAAACAACAAACAUGUAGUAACUUGAUUAAACCUGUAUGUACAGUAUUAUAUGAUAUGUUGAUGUAAGUGGUAAGAGGAAGUGCAAUCCUUUCUGGAAAUCUAACAAAAUGGAUUUAGGUGUUGUUGAAAGUUAGACUGAGGCAGUUUCUGUAUGCGUGAUGCUGGUAAAUGUUUUACUUUGGGUUGGCAGAGGAUAAUAAUGUUGAGCAAGGACGUGAUGAUAAAUACAGCAUGUAGUAAAAGACCAGAGCAACGAUGUCAGUUAUAUUUUGGUUUGUUAAUGUACUCUUAGGUUCCUAGAAAAUCAGAUUACUUUUUAUCCAAAUUAAUUUUUGUAAAAGUUUAUUGAUUUUAUUGCAACUGCAGUGCAGUUUCUCCACAUUUUAUUUAUUAUAGUACAAGCCCUGUCUGCAUCUGUUUUCUAUUUAGACUCAGGUGGGUUUCUGGGUUUUCAAAUCUUUGAGGGAGGGGAAUAUCAAGAUGGAUUUAGCAUUCUGGCAUCUGAUGGAUUUGUGGUCUUAUUAGUAUCAAGUAAAAGAUUACAUUGAAAAUGUGUAUUGUACUGCAUUUACUGACUAAAAUGACCAUUCACAUUAUUUCUUUAUUAACCUUUUGUGUCUUCAAUAAACAAUGUUUUUUUU